AAAUAAACGCACUUACGAAAAACAGAGAACGCGGCGGUGUCGUUGGUAGGGCUAGGCACAGUUCAUUUAAAAGCUCUAAACUAUAAUUUAUCUCAAUUUUCUCCCCGCCUCUUACAUGCUUUCUCAACUCGCGCCCGGUUGAAAGCUUGCCGCCGUUGAAGGCUCGUAGCCGUCGGAGGUUCGUCGCCGUUGAAGACUCACCGCUAUCGAAGGCUUUUCCGUAUUCUGCCGUUGCCGAACUGUCAAAGGCUCUACCACCAUCGUGGAAGGUUCGCCGCUAUCGAAGGCUCGCAGCCGUCUGUAAUUGAGUUGUGGCAUUGCUACGUAUAGCACCGCACAAGCUGAAAUGCUGCCAUUUCUUUGUUUUGCGGCAGCACUCAGCAGAGCUCAGCGCUGAAACACUGGAGGAGCAGGCUUCAGUAUUGGAGAAAGAACCGAGCUUGAAAGGAAGGGAAACUCUUGAUGUGUUGAAAGAAUUGGCUAGACCGUGAGCAGUAUACUGCACUAUAAAAAUAGUUCAACCGCACUGCACUAUAACUGUUCAGUUCAGUUACUCUGAACUAUUUUUUAGUUCAGUGCAGUACACUAUAGGACAGUUUGCCCACCCCUAGUCCUUGGCCAUGGAAGCAGCAACGGUAGCAACCUCUUCUCUGAAGAAGCUGAAGCGGAAGCGCAACCUGGCAAAAGGUGAUCCUGAACUCGAACGACUCAACUCACUUCCGUGGAACUCUUCUCUUCCUCAAAACGAUGACGAUGACGCUUUCUCCUUGUUCAUUGGCACCAACGAACUCGAAGGAGGUUUUCUUUCGCUCGAGGAGAUUGAUGAGGCGGAGUAUGGUUUGAAUAUUCCUGAGCCUGAAGAUGGCAAGAGGAAGACGAAGAAGAAGUCUAUACAGAAUGAAGAUGUGAAGAAACAACAGCAAGAUGGAGGUGAUGGUGCUAGUAGUGACGAGGUCGAAGCUGAGUUGGACGAGAGUGUGAAGGCUAAAGAGAAGAAAAAAAAGAAGAAGAAGAAGACGAAAAAGAAGGAGGCUACGGAUGGCUCGAAAGUUGAGCAACCAGAUGCUGGUUUAGAUGCUAAUGUUGAAGAUGGUAAAGGUGAAGAGGACAAUGAUGAAGCUGAAUUUUAUGCAUGGAGUGAGUUGAGGCUUCACCCUCUCCUAAUGAAAGCAAUAUGCAAGCUUGGCUUCAAGGAACCAACACCAAUACAGAAGGCUUGCAUUCCAGCUGCUGCUCAUCAAGGGAAGGAUGUUGUUGGGGCUGCAGAGACCGGAUCUGGUAAAACAUUAGCGUUUGGUUUGCCCAUUUUGCAACGCAUUUUGGAGGAGAGAGAAAAGGAUGCAAACAUGGUUGAAGAACCUGGAAAGUAUUCUCCUAAAGGAGUUUUGAGGGCUCUCAUUAUUGCUCCAACUAGAGAACUUGCACUUCAGGUCACUGAUCAUCUGAAAGCUGUUGCGAAGUAUAUUAAUGUUAGGGUGACCCCUAUAGUUGGGGGGAUUUUAGCAGAAAAGCAGGAGAGACUUUUAAAAGCAAAGCCUGAGAUUGUUGUCGGAACUCCAGGGAGGUUAUGGGAACUUAUGUCAACUGGAGAAAAACAUCUAGUUGAGUUACAUUCACUCUCUUUCUUUGUGCUUGAUGAGGCCGAUCGGAUGGUACAAAGUGGUCAUUUUAAGGAGUUGCAGUCUAUAAUUGAUAUGCUUCCCAUGUCCAACAUCUGUACUGAAGAUAAUUCUAAAAAUGUACAAAAAGGUUGUGUUACAGUUUCUAGUUAUCAAAGAAAGAAAAGGCAAACACUUGUUUUUUCAGCUACUGUUGCACUGUCUGCUGAUUUUCGCAAGAAGCUAAAACGUGGCUCAGGUCAAAAAAAGCAAUCAUCAACAGAUGGAUUGAAUUCUAUCGAAACUCUUUCUGAGCGUGCAGGAAUGAGAUCCAAUGCUGCAAUUAUUGAUCUUACUAAUCCAUCUAUAUUAGCAGCUAAGCUUGAGGAGUCAUUUAUUGAAUGCAGAGAAGAAGAUAAAGAUGCAUAUUUGUAUUAUAUUUUGACUGUCCAUGGACAAGGUCGCACCAUAGUUUUCUGCACGUCAAUUGCAGCUUUACGUCAUAUUUCUUCCAUAUUACGGAUUCUUGGAAUCGAUGUUUGGACUCUUCAUGCUCAAAUGCAGCAGCGAGCACGAUUGAAGGCCAUUGAUCGCUUUCGGGAAAAUGAAAAUGGCAUACUUGUUGCUACAGAUGUUGCUGCCAGGGGUCUUGAUAUUCCUGGUGUUAGAACUGUUGUCCAUUAUCAGCUUCCACAUUCAGCAGAGGUUUAUGUUCAUAGAAGUGGAAGAACAGCCAGAGCUUCCGCCGAAGGUUGUAGCAUUGCUUUAAUAUCACCAAAAGAUACGUCCAAGUUUGCUUCACUGUGCAAAUCAUUUUCUAAGGAUAACUUUCAGCGGUUUCCUUUAGAGAACUCUUACAUGCCAGAGGUCCUAAAAAGACUGUCUCUUGCACGACAAAUAGACAAGAUAACAAGGAAGGAUUCCCAGGUAAAGGCUGAGAAAAACUGGUUUGAUCGGAAUGCUAGCUCAGUUGAAUUAAUUACUGAAAAUUAUGACAGUGAAGAGGAGCAAGUGAACAAACAUAAGGAAAUAAAGGCCAGCUCUAGACAAUUGAAGAAAUUGCAGGAGGAGCUCAAAAUGCUGAUUUCUCGCCCAUUACAAUCAAAAUCAUUUUCACAUCGGUAUUUAGCAGGGUCUGGUGUCACACCCCUCAUGCAGGAGCAAUUGCAACAGUUAGCAAGGCAAAAAUUAAGUGAUCACCAGGGUUCUAGUCUAGGCAAAAAGGGAAAAUUGGUUGUGAUUGGUCAAGAUUGCAUGGAUGCACUUCAAGCUCUUCGAAGUGGUGGUGAAGAGGUGCGAAUGGAUAUUAAGGAGUUGGCCGGAAAACAGAGAAAUAUAGAGAAUUUAAAAAGAAAGCGAAAAGAGGAGAAAAAACGUUUGCGUGAUCAGCGUAGAAAGCAGAAGAAAAAGCUAAAAUACGGGGAUGAAUAGAAUUGUAUACAUAACAGAGCCAUUAGAUUGCUGGCACAGAGUCUUGGGACCUUCGGAGGGUUAACAUAGCUCGGAAUUUGGCCUAAAGUGUUUACUCUUCAUUAAGCAAAUGCUGAAUAUUUUGAACAACAAAUCUAGGUAAGUAAUUUUGGCCAGGGAGAAAGACUAGCAAGUUGCAUAUUUAGCUUCUCUUUCCUUGCCAAUCAAAUAGACAAAUAUUUCAUGUUCACACUAAAAUUAAGAUGCAUGUACGUGUAAGACAGCUGAAACGUCAAGACAAUAAUUUGGAAAUAACAGUUUUUUUAAUUCAACUUAUUUUAGGUUUCAUGUAAACCAGCAUAC